GAUAACAGUUAAGAAACUCUGUUGAUAUGCUCACAGCUGAGUUCCCAUCUGAUUUUCACUGUGAGUGCGCCCACAAAGCAGAUGCGCCCGCUGCUUUUCACAUUUCAAUUAGCGGUAAUCUCGCGGCAAUUAAAAUUAGCAACAGCAAAGUGCUGGGCAUAUUGCCAGUAGCUUUACCAUUAUCCCGGCAACAGCAUUCACAUCAAAACGCAACAACAUUUCGCCUUCAACGCGCAUCGCUCCCAACACGGCAAAACAUUGGCGACUUCAGUUCCAAGGCGAUAACAGGCAGAUGCAGCAGCAGCAGCAGCAGCGGCAGCAACAACAACAACAACAACAACAACAACAGAAGCGUCGCUCAAAACACAAAUUCCCUUUCCAAACUCAAGCUUUGAGUCAAUUUUCAAAGUGCCCGUGGCGAACGCAGUCAUAAGCAACCCAGGAAAUAACUGGAUAGGCUGCUUAAGCAAAUGUGUCGAAGUGUACCAAAGUUUGAAUUGGUGAUGCUGCCAUUGACAUUGGUGCUGCUGCUGCUACUGCGGCUGGAUGGAAUGCUGCAGGCUCUUCAACUAAACGAACAGCGCAUGCGCGAGCAACGCAGAGCGGCAGACUCAAUGCCCGGCUAUCUGAAUGACUACGAGUCACUGCUGCCGGAAGGCGACAGCUACAAUGAGCUAAUCAAUGAUGAGUUUCUGUUGCCGCAGGCAAAACGCGCCCGGCUGGAGACACUGGCGGAACGAGCUAGACGCUGUCUGCCUUAUCGCUAUGCGAAUGGUGAGACUUUGGAGCUGGAGGAUCGCAGCAUUCUAAUGAAGGAUGCGCGCACCUCCUUUCUGCCACAUGGCUCUGGACUCGGCUCCAUGCCACGCGAGUGCUUCGGUAAUGAACUGUUUGUGCCCACCGCAACCGAAACGGAUACGGUGGUUGACGACGAUGCGGGCUCUGAGUUUGACACAAGUCACAAAAAGGGUAUGCCCAAGCGCUAUCCAGAAACGGUGCAGUACUGGUCGAGGCGGCAGACAGCGCGUGAACGCCGCGAGGCACAGCAGCAGCGAAUGAAUAAUAUGGAAUCUGAGUUACUCGACAGCCCGCUGCAAUCUUUCUGGCAUGAGCAGGGCACACGGGAGGAUAUACGGCAGGCACAGGCCAAAACCAUGCAGCGUUACAUGAACACCCAUGUGGAUCCCUGCGUGGAUUUCUACAAGUUCGCCUGUGGUAACUGGGAAAAAUUGCAUCCCAUACCCAAGGACAAGGCGGGCUUUGACACCUUCGAAAUGCUGCGUGAGAGUCUGGAUCUGGUGCUGCGAAAUCUGCUCGAAAAGAAUAUGCAGCAGCCCAGUCCAGAGACGCGUGUGCGCCAAAAUGUAUUCAAACUGAACGAACAGGAGCCUGAAACAGAUCAAGCGUCCGAACUGAAAGCCGAGCGGCUGCGCCGGCACAUUGUGCACCGGCGGCAUUUACUUAACCGGGUGCUGGUGCGGUAUAAACGCUUCAGCAAUGGCACCAAACGCAAACGGCUGAUUGAACCGACGCGUGAAAAGUCGAAAGAAGAGGAAGCGGCGGCUACAGCGCGAAACAACAAGGAUAAGGACCAUGACAAAGACAAGGACAGAGUCAAAGAGGAAUCAAUGCAUCAGCCACCCGGCCCUGGAAGCCCCAAUGAGUUUUUGAAGCCCAAGCACGAUGCUCAGGUCAAGGCCAAGAAUCUCUACAAAUCCUGCGUGAACAGCGAGCUGCUUAGCCGCCGCGGCCUAGAGCCGCUGCACACGCUAAUCCGCCAGCUGGGCGGCUGGCCAGUGCUCGACUCAGAUUGGCGCAGCACCCAUUUCAACUGGCAGCAGCUGGCCGCCACACUUCGUCGUUACAACAAUGACAUACUCAUCGUGCAGUGGGUGGGCGCCGAUAUCAAGAACUCCGAGGAGAAUAUCAUACAGUUUGAUCAAACCGGCCUGGGGCUGCCCACUCGCGAAUACUUCCUGCAGCAGAACAAUGCCAAAUAUCUUAAUGCCUAUCAGCGCUACAUGGCCGAGGUAAUGAACAAACUGGGCGCCAGCAAAUCGGAUGCAUCACACACCGCCACCGAGCUGAUUGCCUUUGAGACGCGCCUUGCGGCGAUUACAGCGCCAGCAGAGCAGAGACUCAAUGUGACCAAGCUCUACAAGCGGAUGUCGCUGCAACAGCUAAAAGCUUUGGUGCCACAGAUUGGCUGGACUGCGUAUCUGAGUACGCUGCAGGGACGCAAUGUCAACGAAACGGAGCAGGUUGUCAUCUAUGCGGUGGAGUACAUGAAGCAGCUUGUGGCACUGCUGGCCGUUACAGAGCCACGCACCGUCGCCAACUACAUGAUGUGGAGGUUUGUGCGGCACCGCAUCAACAAUGUGGACGAUCGCUUUGACGAUAUUAAGCAGAAUUUCUAUCAUGCGCUAUUCGGCCGCGAGGAGAGUCCACAGCGCUGGAAGGUCUGCAUAGCGCAGGUGAACACCAAUAUGGGCAUGGCCGUCGGCUCCAUGUUUGUGAGUCGCUAUUUCGACGACAACAGCAAGCGGGAUACACUGCGCAUGACCCAUGAGCUGCAGCAGGCAUUUCGCGAUAUACUUAAGACCACUGACUGGCUGGAUCAGACCACCAAGCUUCUGGCCGAGGAGAAGGUGAAUGCCAUGUCCCUUAAGAUUGGCUAUCCGGAUUUUAUACUAAAUGCCGAAGAGCUAAACGAAAAGUAUGCGGGCAUCGAUAUACAUCCGGACAAGUACUUUGAGAACACGCUCAAUGUGCUGCUGCACACGGCCAAGAUGGAGCAGGCCAAGCUGCACGAGCGUGUAAACAAAACCAACUGGCAGACGGCACCGGCGAUUGUGAAUGCCUAUUACAGCCGCAACAAGAAUCAGAUCAUGUUUCCCGCUGGCAUACUACAGCCACCGUUCUAUCAUCGCCAUUUUCCCAAGUCGCUGAACUUUGGCGGCAUCGGUGUGGUCAUUGGUCAUGAGCUAACCCACGGCUUUGACGAUAAGGGUCGGCUCUUUGAUAGCAAUGGCAACAUACACAAAUGGUGGACGGACGCGUCUAUUCGCGGCUUUGACGACCGCGCCCGCUGCAUCAUUUCACAGUACGGCAAUUACACGGUCGAGGAGGUGGGCAUAUCGCUCAACGGCGAGAGCACGCAAGGUGAGAAUAUUGCGGACAAUGGCGGACUGCGACAGGCUUUUCACGCCUACAUGCGUUGGAUAAACGAGAACCCGCACGAGGCCAAAGAUGAGAUGCUGCCGGGCCUAAAUAUGACCGGACCGCAGCUAUUCUUUUUGAAUUUCGGCCAGGUAUGGUGCGGUGCCAUGCGGCCGGAAGCGAUACGGAACAAGCUGAAUACAGCUAUACACAGUCCCGGACGGUAUCGAGUCAUCGGCACACUCUCCAACUCGUACGACUUUGCGCGCGAGUUCAACUGUGCGGCGGGCACGCCCAUGAAUCCCCACAAAAAGUGCAGCGUCUGGUAGUCGCUAUCUAUUGUUACCUAUAGCCUAAGAGUAUUACAGACGAUCUAUUCCUAAACAUACCAAUUCAAGCCGUUGGAUCUUUCGCUAACUUUUACAAAGUUAUUGCUGGCCUUUUUACCAAAGUAUUUCAAGCUCGUCUUGCCGGUGAACGUGAAUUGCCAGGAUAUAUUCGCAAGUGUAUUUAUAGCAAUAUAAAAAACUAACUGUGCCAAAAAU